UCCGCCCCUUCCCGCCGCCUGGGUCUGCCUCACCACGUGUCUCUGUUGUGUCCCGCUUCCCUCGACGUGUUUCCGGGCAACCUCGUGUGGAGCUUCCGCUCCGGUGUCUUUGUGUGGAUCAUCCCCGGGAGCUGCAGGUGAAGGCGCGGUGUUCUGUGCCAGAUUCAAGACGCUUCGAGCUUUGCUGUAUCCACGUCUGAUCUCCCUGAUCACCAAAAUGCCCAAAAGAGGAAAGAAGGAUGACGCCAAGUCCUCUGUGCAGGAUGAGGAACCUGAAAACAAGAAGGGAAAGAAGGGAGGCAAGGAAGCUGAACCUGUGGUGCUGUAUGAGGACGGCCCUGACAAAUUGACCACUGAAGAUGGUAAGAAGUACACUCUGAAGAUCAGCUCCUGGAACGUUGAUGGUAUUAGAGCAUGGGUCAAGAAAGACGGUUUGGCGUGGGUUCGAGAGGAGGAUCCGGACAUCCUCUGUCUUCAGGAGACAAAGUGUGCAGAGAAAGCUCUCCCUGCAGACAUUAAGGACAUGCCGGAGUACCCCCAUAAAUACUGGGCCUGCUCUGAUGAAAAAGAGGGAUAUAGUGGAGUGGCAAUGCUUUGUAAGGAGAAGCCUUUGGAUGUCACAUAUGGCAUUGGGAUUGAAGAGCAUGACAAGGAGGGUCGUGUUAUCACUGCAGAGUUUGACUCCUAUUAUUUGGUUGCUGCUUAUGUUCCCAACUCCAGCCGCGGCCUAGUACGCCUUGACUACCGCCAGCGCUGGGAUGUAGACUUCCGUGCUUAUCUAAAGGGGUUGGACAGCAAGAAACCACUUAUAUUGUGUGGUGACUUAAACGUUGCACACCAGGAGAUUGACUUGAAGAACCCUAAGACCAACAAGAAAACCCCUGGCUUCACUCCUCAGGAGAGAGAGGGAUUUGGGGAGCUGCUGGCUGAAGGCUUUAUUGACAGCUUCCGCCAGCUGUACCCUGACAAGCAGUAUGCUUAUACCUUUUGGACUUACAUGAUGAAUUCACGGGGCAAGAAUGUUGGCUGGAGGCUGGAUUACUUUGUGUUGUCAAAAGCUUUGCUUCCAUCCUUGUGUGACAGCAAGAUCAGAAGCAAAGCCAUGGGGAGUGACCACUGCCCAAUAACCCUUUAUAUGGCUAUAUAAAGGGAACUAACAGUUGUUCUUAAAUUUACUGCCUUGUACUAUGCUUAGGAUAGCAUAAGCAUAGCGCUUGGUGAGCUGCAAGACAACCCUCUACAUGACCAUGAAAACCAGAGCUUUGCUAUUCUGGGAUUUCAGAUAGCUUCUCCAUACUGGUCUAUAUGUCUAUAUGAUAUGAAUCAUGUGGACUUAGUCAUGGUCAUGUAAAGAGGUUCAUGAUGUAUCUUGGCCAUAACAUAAGUCAAGUUUGGUGCUUUUUGCUUAGAUUGCCAUGUAGUGUUGAAAUAUGAAAAAAUAAAAUGGUUUAGUUUUUUUCUAUUUACCAAGUUUUUUUUUUAUACCAUAGCCCAAUUAAUCGAGAUUGUUAUAUUGAGUUACUGUAAUGAACUGUGAGAAAACAUAAGGUGCUAGAGCUAUGAGAUCACAGUCCCUAGGUGAAUAAGGUUUCCCUUCAUUCCUGAGCGAGAUGUGUUACUCUUACUUGCAGCUAGCAUUCAUUCCUAUACAGGAAUGUGUGAUAUACAUUAAGUAAUCGCUUAUUUUUCUUGAGAAACGAUUUUUCCAGUUUUGUUGAGUAGUGUGUGUGUGUGUGUGUAUAUGUGUAUGUGUG